AUCUACAGUGUUACGAAUAUUAAGUUUACUGUCUUACCGAUAUACUGAAGAGAGUUUAUUCAUUUGGUUGCUGAUAAUAAAUGAAGCUGUUUGCACUGGGUGUAGCUAAUCGAUCGCUUAGUAUUUGUUAAAAGCACUAUUGCUUCAGUUUAUUUUACUAAAUUAAAUAAACCGAGUUAUUUAAAAUGCAUUUUGGCAUCCUGGGUAGUGGCGUUGUAGGUCUCACAACAGCUUUGGAAUUGCAACAAAAUUAUCCAAACGCGCAAAUAACAAUUCUUGCUGAUCGAUUCAAUGAAGACACAACCAGUCAUGUAGCAGCUGGUAUUUUUAGACCUGGCCCUAGCUUUGCGGGACCAACCGCGGAGAUCACACAGCAAUGGAUCGUCGAAGCGUUCCACUACUGGGAUGACAUACGCCGCUCCAAGGAGGCACCACUUGCUGGCGUCUGCCAACUCUCAGGUUACAUUUACUCUUCCAUCUCACCGAAGAUCGUGAGGAAUCAUUUGAUCGAGCAACUACUCCCAGUUUAUCGCCAGGCCACCGAAGAGGAGUUAAAACUGUGUCAAGGUGAUUGGAAAUUUGGUUCCUUCUUUACAACGUGCUUAACCGAAUGCAGACUAUUCCUGCCCUAUGCAACCAAAAAAUUUAUUGCCGCCGGUGGUCAAGUGACGCGCCAAUACGUCAGCUCCUUCUCUGACGUCGCAUAUCAAAACUUCGACGUUCUCUUCAAUUGCACAGGUUUGGGUGCCAAAGAUUUGUGCGACGAUACACAAGUCGUUCCAAUACGUGGUCAGGUCUUGAAAGUGCGUGCACCCUGGAUCAAAUUGGCCUUCUACGGUGACUAUGACACUUACAUUUUGCCCGGCUUCGAGACCGUUACUCUGGGCGGUUGCCGUCAAUAUGAAAGCUACAAUUUGAAUGUUUGCAAAUAUGAUUCUAUGGCCAUUAAGGAGCGUUGCUAUGGCAUGCUGCCGAGCUUGAAACGAGCCCAAGUGGUGCGAGAAUGUGUGGGACUACGACCAUAUCGCGGUGUGGUGCGGGUCGAAAGCGAAAUAAUCCGUUUAGCUAAUGGACGCACCCAAAAAGUGGUGCACAAUUAUGGCCAUGGUGGCUAUGGUGUCACUACAGCACCAGGGACAGCUAAGUAUGCUAUGAAAAUUGUGCGUGAUCUUUUAGCUGGCAAUAGUAAAUUGUAAAAAAAUUAUUUCUUCUUCACCUUUGGAAAUAAACAAUUGUAAUAAAUUAAAAAAA